UAGCUAAAUUUAAUGCCACGUGUAAUAUACUAGGCAAAGCAAUAACAGACAACCAGCACCGCCAUCAGAAAACAAAACAAAACUAUACAAAAGAGUACAAUACAGUGAUGUCAUGUCAGUGUCUACGGAAAACACAAAGCAUGUCAGUAUUUUUUUAAAUUUCAUUUCAGAAUUAUUCCAAAAAUGUAAUUAAAUCUACUGCAAUUUGCAAAUGAUUGAAAACGUAUAUUUAGAUUUUUUGGUUUUGUUUCUCAUUCUCUCAUAAUAAUGCAACAAUGUAUAUUUAGAAGUAUAUUUUGGUUAAGCCAGCACAACCUACACCUCCACUAUUGAAGGUUAGUGAGAAGUGGUUUUCUGUGUACUUCUACAGAAUAUUUUUGGAUAAAUAAUCUUUCAAAUAAAACAAGACUAUUACUACGUGUCUCCAGUAGAGGGGGAUGAAGUCUUUUCUCCCCGCAAACACACCAGGAAGAAGCAUGAGAAGACGCUGAGCGGUGACGUCACCACGCUAAAUCUUUACGUUUAUCUUACGCACAGGCCUGACGCACCACCAGCGUAGCCUCACGUUUAUGAAGCCGGACUGAAGCCGCUUCUUCCCGGUCACAGCAUCGUCAAGGUCCCAUCAUGUCCAGCAGUGUCGUAGUUCUCAGGUUUAAUCUCUGCCGUGGAACGAGCCUACACCGAUGUGUCCGGAGCCAACAUGGGUGGGCCCUGAGCGGCCUAACCCGGGCACAGACGAGGCUGCAGCCCGCUGGAGAACACCGCUCCUGCUCGUUGAAUGAGAGCCUGUGGCGACACUUUUACAGAAACUAUGCGCGGCUGCCUCCUGAGUCUUCAGAGAAAACCAAGGGUUCAGGGCCAGUGACGUGGAAAUCUCUGGUCAUCACAUUUACCAUAGGGGGUGCUCUGCUCGGAGGAAUGAAACUUUUCAAAAAAGAAAAGGAAGAAAUGAUUGAAAGGGAGAGGAACAAAUCUAUCGGGCGGCCAUUGCUGGGGGGACCCUUUUCUCUGGUGGACCAUCACAGCAAACCAGUACGCAGUGAGGAUUUCCUGGGACAGUGGAUCCUAAUCUACUUUGGCUUCACACACUGCCCUGACAUCUGCCCAGAUGAGCUGGAGAAGAUGAUCGAGGUGGUGGAGGAAAUUGAUGGAAUCCGAUCUCUUCCAAAUCUCACUCCAAUCCUGAUCACUAUCGACCCAGAGCGAGAUACUCCAGAGGCCAUGGCUGCAUAUGUCAAAGAGUUCUCCCCUAAGCUGGUAGGUCUGACUGGCUCUAUUGAUCAGAUCGAGCAGGUGUCUCGCUCCUACAGAGUUUACUACAGCCAGGGGCCCAAAGAUGAGGACAACGACUACAUUGUGGACCACACGAUCAUCAUGUACCUGGUUGGACCCGAUGGACAGUUUGUGGAGUAUUACGGCCAAAACAAGCGGCGAGCCGAGAUCAGCAGCUCCAUCGCGUCACACAUGAGGAAGUUCAAGAACAAAUAGUGACCUCAGCUGCACACUCAUGGACGCUGCGCUGGUGGACUUAAUGAAACUAGAGAGAAAGUUCUCAGAUGCUGCUUUAUUCUAGUUUCAGAAUAUAUAUGAAUUUGGGGAUUUCUUUUCUAACUGUCUGUAUCCUGCUACAAUCCCAUCUGACCCUGUGUCUCAAAAGCCUGAAGGGGGGGGGGGCAGUUCCCACAAGGUAAUAAAGACAAACUAUAACACUCAGGAUUGUAAACUACUUCAGACAUUAAUUUCUUCAGAAAAUAUAAAGGGAUGGAGUUAGAAGAACGUGAACAAAUGAUGACAUCACAUGAAGAGAGGCAUUUGACAACAUUUGAUUUGGAGACUUAAAGGUAAGUUUUAAUGUUACUGCAAUUUUAAGACAUGAUUUUCCACAUUAGACUACAUUUAAUAUUGUUUUUAUUUAGUUAAAAAAGAGGUUAUGAAGUUGUUUAAAGUGGCGCUAUGCUAAUCAACCAGAUAUAAUCUAGCCAAUUUGCUGUGCAAUUUUGCUAACUAGCUAGUAGCUGCAAGCACAUGGUCAGAGUGAAGUGAAGGAGUGCAGCAGUCAGUAAUCAUUGUUUGGUGAAUACAGUUGUAUUUCUUCAGAUUAUUUCCAAAUAUUCAUCUAUCCAGUUGUAGUUAAAUAUUUUUCACAUCUUUGCUCAAAUUAGAGUUUUUACAAGUUUUUACACCACAACAUGGUGGUGGCUGCAUCAUUCUGUGGAGGUGCUUUUCUUCAGCUGGAACAGGGAAGCUGAUCAGAGUUGAUGGGAAGAUGGAUAGAAAUGUUAAAUACAGGGCAAUCUUGGAAGAAAACCUGUUGGAGUCUGCAAAAAACUUGAGAGUGGGGCGGAGGUUGACCUUCCAGCAGGACAACGAUCCUAGUUAAAGUCCAGGCAUAAAUCCAAUUGAGAAUCUGUGGCGAGAUCUGAAUACUGCAGUUCACAAACGGUUUUCAUCAAAUCUGACAGAGCUUGAACUGUUUUGCCAGGAAGAAAGGGGGGAAAUUCACCAGUUUUGCACACCUACAGACUGGAGACAUAACCCAAAAGACUUGCAGCUGUAAUGGCAGUUUUGUUUUUAAUCUGAAAAUUAUGUAUGAUUUUCUUUCUACUUCACACUUAUGUACCAUUUUGUGUUACUUAUUCACAUCAAUUGC